AUGUACCCGGUCGCCCUCGUCCAUUCUCCCCUGCUCAAAUCAAUUAGCGAACUCCUGUUCCUCACCGACACUAUACCAUGCCUUUUUUCUGCUCUGCGAAGGCCACUGUCAACAGGGACAUCCCAUAUUCUUGGUAUUGGAAUGGCAAAUCCCUUCGUGCAGGGUACAAACGAAGGGAAUACGUACGCGAAGUGCGUACCAAUGCUUGCGAACCCAGAUCUCAUGGCUGUUAUCCGGAUCCAUAUCAACGGUACAGCUACCACGAACGUGGCCACCACUACCGGCACGUUCAUGACAACUUCGGCUCGCCAAAUCAGUGCUCCUCGAGGAGUGAUCGAUACUGCCGAACAUCCUGUCAGUAUCCACCAACGGGCUCAGGGUGGUGCCAACAAGAAUGCUAUUAUGAACUUCAAUGCCAUUGUCUUAGAUGUUAAUGUGGCUGUGACGAGUAUCACCAUGUCGAAAGCAAUCUUUCUCGGAAAAGCUGAGGGCAAGCCUGGGAAGGUCUACUAUCCCCUCUCGCUGAAGACUUUACCCCAACCCACCCCGCAAGGCACCGAGCUGCUCGUGAGAUUGUCCGCAGCAGCCCUCAACCACCGCGAUGUAUUUCUGCGCCAGCACCUCUAUCCUGGCUUGACGUUUGAUGUGCCAAUGGGCGCAGACGGCGUCGGGAUCGUUGUGGGGGCAGGUCCCGGAGUCACAAACCCAGGGCGAUGGCAGGGAAAGCGAGUCAUUAUAAACCCAGGCAUAGGCUGGAAGGACUCUCUGGAGGGACCAGAAGACCCCUCUGGCUAUAAGAUUAUGGGGGGAACAAAGUUCUACAACAAAGGGACCCUGCAGGACUUUAUCACGAUCGAAGAGUCAGAGCUUGAAGAAGCUCCCGAACACUUGUCAGAUGCAGAAGCAGCUGCCUUACCUCUCGCAGGACUGACUGGAUGGAGGGCCCUGGUGGUUAAGGCAGGGGAACGCAACACAGGCAAAGGGGCGGCAGUCCUGAUCACAGGUAUUGGCGGCGGUGUCGCGCUCAUUGCCUUGCUCUUUGCUGUAGCGCGAGGCGCAGACGUAUAUGUGACCAGUUCUAGUGAGGACAAAAUCCGCAAAUCCAUCGAGCUGGGUGCCAAGGGUGGUGUAAAUUACAAGGAGGAUGGCUGGGAGAAAAAGCUGCUGGGCCUGCUUCCCAAGGGAAAGACGAACUUUGACGCCGUCAUCGAUGGAGCGGGCGGCAACUCCGUUGAGAAGUCUGUCAAGCUGCUCAAGGCUGGCGGUGUACUUUCCAUCUAUGGAAUGACAGUCUCUCCGGUAAUGCCAUUUACGAUGCAGGCCGUGUUGAAGAACAUUGAUGUUCGUGGUUCGACCAUGGGCUCCCGGAAAGAGUUUAAGGACAUGGUCGAUUUUGUCAAGACACACAAAGUCCGCCCCAUUGUAUCGCGGGUGGUUCAGGCUGAGCUGAGCGAUGUUGCUGCCCUCGAUGGGCUGUUUCAGGACAUGAAAGAUAGCAAGCAGUUCGGGAAGCUGGUCAUAGAGUUCGGAAAGUCGUCGGAAAUCCCUCCCCAUCUUGGAGUAAAUGUCAUGGAUGUUGAGAUCGUCCAGAAGUACGGCCCAGGAAUGUCUUUCUAUCGCGCGGAGAUCAAGGCGGCUCGAAAGAGAACAAGACCGGCAGGAGAAGCCGUGCUCAGGCGAUACUGUGAGGCCCUGAGGGAAUUAAGGAUCUCGAAUAAACUGCUCGAAAACAAGCUGCAGCAACUGUGCUCCGAAGGUCUCCGACUCAACCUUGACGUCGCGCUACUCAAGCGCCAUAUGAGCGCCUUCAAUGGCGAGCUUCUCGUGACAUGGCAGUCCGAUAUCCUGACGCGGUUGAUUGAGGUCAUCUACGAAAGGCACGGUUGGAGGAUGCCGGGGGAAAUUCUCGUCGGCGACCACGACGGCCUGGACCGAAAUACGCUUUCGAAGAUAUAUGUGAUGGCCGCAAGGAAGAUUAAGAAAGAGACGGUCAUGAAGAAAGCGGUUGGUUUGCCUGAGCAGUACUAUCUCGCCCUGCAGAGGUACGACGAACACAAAUCCUUUCCGAUCAGAAUCCCACUUUGCGCGGUGGCUGGUUUCGAAAAUGUCAACUCGGCCAGCAAUGUACCGUUUUUGGGCGCGGCUAUUCCCCGUGUGCUAUAA